GACGGAAGGACUUCAGAGGCGCACACCUCAAUCGUCAUUGGUUGUUGGUUGUUUACUUCAAAACGGACCGCGGAAACGUAGAUUGAAUCAGCAUGGAUGCAGAAAAGGAAUUCUUGCGGGAUCAAGUCCAGAGGUUAAAUUCUGUUCUCAGCCGGUAUCAGCAGGGGGCCACAUCAUCUCAGCUGGAUGAGGCACGGCAGGCAGAGUCUCCUCCACCCUGGCUGUCGGACAGAGGGAUAAUGGCUCCUCUUAUAGUAGAGUACGAUCGGCACAUGGACGAAAUGACUGAACAGCUUCAGAAAUAUCAGGAGAUGAUGACUGAUGUCAGACUGAAGCUGGAAAAGGUUGUGGAGGAAAAUGAAAGGUUGCACACAGAGCUGAGGCAGUCCAUUGAGAAGCAGCUCCACACCCUGCCUGUCGUCUCAGUAGCAGAGGACAGCGCAGUAGAGGGCAGUGCCAUCAUUAAAAACCUGCAGGAACAAGUCCAGCUGUCUCAGCAGGAGCGGACACAGGCCAUGGAGCUGUGGCAGACGACGGCCCAGGAGCUGGACCGCCUACAGCAGUUCUACCAGAGGACCAUCUCUGACGGGCGCCUUCACAAUGCUCAGAGACAGCAGCUCAAGGAUCAGCUCGUUCAGUUCCAGCAGCACUCUUACAAGCUCCAAGCGGCCAAUCAGAAACUGGAAUCUACGAACCAGCAGCUCCUGAAGACGGUGACAGAGCAGAGCGCAGAAAUGGAGGAGCUGCACUGCCAGCUCAGGCAGGCUAAGGCUGAACUUAGGACAGCCACAGUCAAAGUGGACGAGAUGACCAAAUUCUUGCAGAGUCUCCAGGAACAGGUGCAAAGACGAGAGGAAGAGAUGGCCGAGGCUCAGGGCAGAGAGGAUGCAUCAGACAGACGACUCCAGCAGCUUCAGACAACCCUGAGCCAACUCGACACCCGACUAAAGGCUGCAUCUCAGGAGACUGAGGCAGUUCGUCGAGAGCAAGCUGUUUGGGAGAAGAAGGUGGGAGAACUCCAGGCGCGGUGCACCACCCUAGAAGAGGAGAAGUACGAGGCUCUGUCCAAAGUCAGAGAGAAUGUUCAAGUGGCUGAAGAGGCUGUAUUGCAGAACGAGCAGUCUCUGUUAAGAGAGAAACAAAAGACAGAGGAGCUAGAAAAGAUGAAGCACGCUAUCAAACACUUGAUCCAGGAGGCUGCAGUCCGAACCAGGAAAGAGGUGGAAAAUGUGCGCAAGCAGUGCAACAUCCAAAUCCAUCGUAUGGCAGAGGAGCUGUCUGCACUACAGCUGGAGUGUGCAGAUAAAGAGUCUCAGAUUGAAAGGUCCCUGCGUGAAAGAAAAGCUGUAGAAGAGGAACUGGAGAAGGUGUACAAGGAAGGCAGGGCGGAGCCAGAGUUCAGGAAGAUUGAGGCCCUUCAUCAGAGGUGUCUAAAUGCAGAGAGGUUGAAGGAAGAUAUAAACCUCACUCUCCAAAGCACUCAGAACAAGCUGAAAAAGAUGGAGAUGGACUAUAGCGAGGAACUGUCUCGGUGCCAGGAGGAGGUACGGCGGCUGCAGGGCCUACUGGCCACAGCUCGGAACGACUGUGUCGGCGUCAGCGAGGAGCGGCUUCAGCUUCAGCAAGAGAACAUGCAGCUGCGCAAGGAGAUGGAUGAGCUGCGCAAGGCUAGCAUGCAGAUUCAAAGAAAUGCCAAGCAGAAGGUCUCACAGAUGGAGCAAGCAUGCAGCCUCAAAGAGCAGGGACUUGACGCGCGGGUGAGGGAACUAGAGGAAAGGAGCCGAAGCUCCACUGCCGAUCUGACACGCCUCCUUGCAGCAGCGCAAAAAAGCACUCAACGAUGGAAGGAAGAGGCCAAGAACCUAGUGCAGGCCUUUGAAACUAAAAUCACAGCUCUCAAGGCAGAACUGAAACGGCAGAAACGGCGCUCGCUUGAGUUAGAGAUACAGCUCCAAACGAACCAUAACACAAUAUCUGAGUAUGAGAAACAGCUUGCAGAAUAUCAAGAGAAGACAAGUCGUCUCCAGAGAAGACUGACACAAGCUGAGCAGAAGGCAACUACAGCUUUGCAUCAGCUGAACAUGUUGGCAUCACAGCGCAGGAAACCUGCGACAGUGGAUCCAGGGACUCUAUGACAAGUGGCCAACUUUGGGGAAAAUAAUUAUAAUAAAAUAGCCAAAUCUUUCUUAGGUUCACAUAAUUUGGAUUCUUGCAAAACUUUGUCAACUUUGAUUUUAUUUAUUUUUUUAUUUUCUAUGAAGGAAUUGUAUGUAUUUCAAUAAAUAAAUGAAUAAAUAUGAAUUGGGGAAAAA